AUGGAAAGACACAACCUCAUCGGCUUGUCAGGAGGUGAUGCCUUGCGUGAGCUUCUAUGCAGUCAUCAGGUUAAGCACAUCUUUGGCUAUCCCGGAGGUGCCGCCCUCCCUUUAUUCGACGGCAUCUGCAACGCGACAAGCGUUGGAUUUACCCUCGUUCGCCAUGAACAAGGCGCCGGUCACAUGGCCGAAGGAUAUGCGCGAGCCAGCGGUAAGCCCGGGGUGGUCUUAGUUACGUCAGGACCCGGUAGUUCGAACGCGGUAACGCCCAUGUUCAAUGCCCUCCUUGACGGGACGCCCAUGGUGGUCAUCUGCGGCCAAGUUGGGACGGCUGUCCAAGGGACGGGGGCCUUCCAAAAGAUCGAUGUCAUAGAACUGGCUAAAUCUUGUACUAAAUGGGCAACUUGCGUGCAAACCAUUGGCCAACUUCCGGAUGCUGUGGAAUCGGCCUUUCGCUGGGCCAUGGAUGGACGACGGGGUCCCACACUUAUUGCCGUGUCGAAGGAUGUUGGCCGUGCGGUUUUCGACAUGAACGCACUUACCUGCCCUUCUCCGAAGCCAACGGGCCAACUGGAUCGCAUCGCUAUCAUAACCAACUCCGCCGAACGUCCGGUUAUUGUUGUCGGGAAUGGGGUCCACGCCAGCUCAAACGGUGCAGUAUCCUUAUUGCAACUUGCCGAGACGGCCUGUAUUCCAGUUGCCUCGACACUCCUCGGGCUGGGUUGUUUCGCUCAGACCCAUCCCCUCUCCCUGGGUAUGAUAGGCACAUACGGAGCACCGCCGGCCAAUCUCGCUGUGCAAAACGCAGAUUUGAUUCUGGUAUUUGGGGCCAGAUUGGACGAGCGUGCCGUCGGCAACUCGCAGGGCUUCGCCCCUCGUACCCGAGUCAAGGGAGCUGGGGGGAUCAUUCAAUUUGACAUCAGUCACGACCAUAUCAGAAAGGUUGUCCAUCCGACUGAGGUUGUCCUAGGGGAUCUGUCCGAGACCCUUCCAUUGCUCAUUCCCGAUCUGGAAUCCAGUCCACAGAGGCAGACCUGGCUCGACCAGAUCAAUGAGUGGAAGGCGGAGCACACGGUUAAACGUCAUCUUCCAAUGGCUCCCACACGCCAUUCCUUCGCUUCCCUCCCACAACAAGUAAUCGCCGAAUUGAAUCGACAGACCUCCUAUUUGAAUCCAAACGUCCUAUUAUCUUCCGGGGUCGGUCAGCACCAAAUGUGGGCCGCCAAAUACUACAAGUGGCAACCUGCCUGUCCAUUUAUCACCUCCGGGGGCUUAGGAACAAUGGGAUUUGGACUUCCCGCUGCCAUCGGAGCCAAGAUUGCCCGGCCUGACUGUGAGGUGAUUGAUAUUGAUGGCGACGCCUCUUUCUGUAUGACCAUGGAGGAGCUGCUUACCGCGUCGCAGCAUGGCGUCGCCGUCAAGGUCGUGAUUUUCAACAAUAGCCAGCAGGCGAUGAUCACACAGCUGCAGCAUUCAGGCUAUGGGGGAAGAGAAUGUCAUAAUAGACAGAGCAAUCCGGACUUCGUGACUUUGGCCCGUAGCAUGGAAUGUCAGGGAGCAAAAUAUAUACCCGGGCAGGACCUCUCGAAGUUUGUUCACUGGCUGCUACAGUGCCAGGGCCCGGCCGUGCUGGAGGUGUCGAUUACUGAGACUGAAAUGGUGCCUAUUGUGCCUGAGGGCCGGCCUCUUGAUGAACUGAAGCUGGAAUAGAUGUGCUGCAUUGCCAUGGGCUC